CAGCCUCUCAGUAGGGUGUUGUCCUAAGAUGCCACAAUGCUGGUCUUUGCAGAGGGGCUGUGCCUAGGGGGGAGAGUUGGGGCAGGUGCUAGAGGUAGACAUGUGCACAGGCAGCAGCCAUCCAUCUGCAGGGGCUCAGCAAGAAUUAUGGUGUGUUCCCAGCACUGAGGCCAAAAAGGAAGAAGGGUUGGAGCAUGGCAUCCCAGGCAGCAGAGGAUGGGAACCAGACCUCCUCCGGGAUGACAGAUGACUACAGCAGCUGGUACAUCGAGGAGCCUCUAGGGCCUGAGGAGGUGCAGCCAGAGGGAGUGGACCCCCCCUGCCAGCCAAGUGCACCACCUGCCCUGACCCAUGCCUGCCUGGCCUCACUGUCACUCCUGGCUCUCUUGCUGCUGGCCUUGCUGGUGAGGCGUCGCAGGCUUUGGCCACGAUGUGGUGGCCGCAGGCCCGGACUGCCCAGCCCUGUGGAUUUCUUGGCUGGGGACCGAUCCUGGAUAGUGCCCACUGCUGUCUUUGUGGUACUCUUCAGCAAUCUGUGCCUGUUGCUCCCUGAUGAGGACCCACUGCCUUUCCUGAGACUCAAGGCAGCAUCCAGCCCAGGGCCCUGGAAGCUACUGGCCCUGCUCUACUACCCAGUCCUUUACUACCCUCUGGCUGCUUGUGCCACGGCAGAACACCGAGCUGCGUACUUAUUGGGUUCUGUGCUAUCCUGGGCUCACUUUGGAGUUCAGGUCUGGCAGAGAGCCGAGUGUCCUCAGGACCCCAAGAUCUAUAAGUACUACUCCUUGCUGGCCUCCUUGCCUCUGCUUCUGGGCCUGGGGUUUCUGAGCCUCUGGUACCCAGUGCAGCUGGUGCUGAGUGUCCGUCACCGGAUGGAAGCAGGAUCUCAGGGGCUGCAGACCAGCUACUCCGAGAAGUAUCUGAGAACCCUCCUCUGCCCAAAGAAGCUGGACAGCCGCUCCCACCCCAUCUCCAAGCAUAGCCUCCUGUCUUGGGCCUGGGCCCGCUCCCAACAUUCCAUCUACACUCCACAGCCAGGAUUCCGCCUGCCCUUGAAGCUGGUGAUCUCAGCCACUCUGACAGGAACAGCCACUUAUCAGGUGGCCCUGCUGCUGCUGGUGAGUGUAGUGCCUACUGUGCAGAAGGUAAGGGAGGGGAUCACCACAGAUGUCUCCUACCUGCUGGCUGGCUUUGGGAUCGUGCUCUCCGAGGACCGGCAGGAGGUGGUACAGCUGGUGAAGCAUCACUUAUGGGCUGUGGAAGCAUGUUAUAUCUCGGCUCUGGUCUUGUCCUGCUCAUUAACCUUCCUGCUCCUGAUCCGUUCCCUGGGAACUCACAGGGCCAACCUUCAAGCACUGCACCGAGGGGCUGCCCUGGACCUAGGUCCCCCUCUUCAGAGUACUCACCCCUCUCGCCAAGCCAUAGUCUGCUGGAUGCACUUCAGCGCCUAUCAGACAGCCUUCAGCUGCCUCGGGCUCCUGGUACAGCAGGUCAUCUUCUUCCUGGGGACCACCAUCCUGGCCUUCCUGGUGUUUGUACCUUUGCUCCAUGGCAGAAACCUCCUGCUCCUGCGAUCCCUGGAAUCCACAUGGCCCUUCUGGCUGACUUUGGCCUUGGCUGUAACCCUGCAGAACAUAGCAGCCCACUGGGUCUUCCUGGAGACUCACCAUGGUUACCCAGAACUGACCAACAAGCGCAUGCUCGGCGUAGCCACUUUUCUUCUCUUCCCUGUCAACAUGCUGGUGGGAGCUGUAGUGGCCAUCUGGCGAGUGAUUCUUUUUUCCUUGUACAACACUGUUCACCUUGGCCAGAUGGACCUCAGCCUGCUGCCACCAAGAGCUGCCUCCUUGGAUCCAGGCUAUCACACAUACCGAAACUUCCUGAGGAUCGAGGCCAGCCAGUCACACCCAGCAGUCAUAGCCUUCUGCACCCUGCUCCUUCAUGCACCAAGUCCACAGUCCCGGCCCCCACUGGCCCCCCAGGACAGCCUCAGACAAGCAGAGGAAGAAGAAGGGAUGCAGUUGUUACAGACCAAGGACCUGCUAGCCAAGGGAGCAGGACCCAAAGGCAGCCAGAGUAGGGCCCGCUGGGGUUUGGCCUACACACUGCUACACAAUCCAAGCCUGCAGGCCUUGCGGAAGGCAGCCCUAAGCGCCAAGGCCAAUGGCACCCAGCCUUGAGGGUGAGGAAAACCACGCCACCCUGCUGUGUGUGCUGAGGCACAUUCCUGUCUACCAUCCUCCCUCCCAUCCAUGUCAGCAUUCCCCCUCCCCCAGCGGCAGCUCUGCCAGCCAGCAGAUCCCUGUGGGAUCAGGAGACUGGAGUCACUGUGUCUACACCACCAGCCUCAAGAGGACUUUGGUCUGUGCUUGUCCACCAGGCUACCAGCUAGGGAUCUAGAGAAAACAGCUGGUGGGUCUUGAAACUGGCAGAACAGGGGUGGCCACAUUUAGGCCUCUCCUCCCCACACUGGCUCUGCCCUCAGCCUGCCUGCUGGGCCUCACUCAGGCCCCUCAUGCUCCUUGGUGAGGAUGAAAGGUCUGGAUAUCUCCCAUCCCAGCUGGCCCCACUCUCCACCCUGAAGGUGGAGUCUGUGUGGGCUUCUUCUCAGCCCCAGCUUCUCCUUCCUCUUUCUUCCUACCACUCUUUCCAGUGCAGCCAAGUCAGACUCCAAGAGGCCCCACUGAGCUGCCCACUCCAAGAGCUACAUAUUUUUGUAGUUUUAAUGCCAUUAGUUGUCAUGAAAGAAGUUAGUGUGUUCCUAGUAAUAAAUGUGCCCUGAGGAACAUUCCUCCUCCUGGGGAAGGGCUCUCAGGAGAGCCACCUACACUGUCAGUAAA